AUGGCAGCGGAGGAGGAGGAGGAGUACGAGGCGGUGCUGUGUGUGAAACCGGCGGUGCACGUCUACCGGGUCCCGCCGCGGGCCUCCAACCGCGGCUACAGAGCUGCAGAGUGGCAGCUGGACCAGCCGGUGUGGAGCGGCAGGCUGCGGAUCACAGCCAAGGGCAAGACUGCGUUCAUUAAGCUGGAGGAUAAAAACUCGGGAGAGCUUUAUGCCCAGGCACCAGUGGAGCAGUUCCCUGGCAUCGCUGUGGAGAGUGUGACUGACUCCAGCAGAUACUUCGUCAUCCGGAUCGAGGAUGGGAACGGCCGCCGGGCAUUCAUCGGAGUUGGCUUUGUCGACCGAGGGGAUGCUUUUGACUUCAAUGUAGCCCUCCAAGACCAUUUUAAGUGGGUUAGGCAGCAGAGUGAGCUGGCCAAACAGGCUGAGAACCCUGAGCAGGGCCCCAAACUGGAUCUGGGUUUCAAGGAAGGACAAACCAUCAAGCUCAACAUUGCGAACAUGAAGAAAAAGGAAGGAGGAACAGGGAACCCCAGACCACGUCCUGCAGGUCCUGGGGGCCUGAGCUUGCUGCCUCCACCUCCUGGAGGAAAAUCUUCCACUGCAGUUUGUCCUUCUGCCGAGCGGCCGACACCGCUCGCUGCACCCACCCAGCUCCCAGGCACCCCCAUCACAGACUCCCUCUUGUCCUGGCCACAGCCUGCUGCUCCCUCUGCUGCCACUGCUGACAUCUGGGGAGACUUCACCAAAGCUUCAGGGUCACCUUCUUCCCAGAGUCAGGGAAAUUCAGGCUGGGUUCAGUUCUAA